AAGAGGAGGAGUCCCGGUGCUGAAUGAGCGGAUUAUUCAGGUGAAGCGGCUGCAGAGGAACACAAGCUCCUCAGUCUGGUUCGUUUUCCAGGAGUCGCAGAGGAGGAGAACCAUCAGAGGAGGAGAACCAUCAGAGGAGGAGAACCAUCAGAGGAGGAGAACCAUCAGAGGAACAUCAGAGCUGAGAAUGACUGACGUGCGGUUGGCUUCAGUUUCCACCGUCUCCAAGGUUACAAGCCUGUCACAAGGAUGCGGUUCCCACGGCAAUGAGCCUCCAGCUUUCGUCCUUCCUCCCCGUAAUGCCCGGGUCACGCUGGGGGCAGAAGCUCGACUGGAGGGCAAGGUGCGCGGCCAUCCUGAGCCACAGGUCACAUGGUACAGAGAGGGAAGGGCCAUGAUUGGUGGAGAGCACUACAUCGUGGAACGGGGUGGGCGGGGCAACUUCAGCCUUUUGGUGAGAGGGGUCACAGAGGAGGACCUGGGCAGUUACACCUGUCAGGCAACCAAUCAAGCGGGGAGCCGUCAGGUUACCGUGGAGAUCCUUCUGGAAGAGAAUUCUGGGAAGAAAUACGUCGUGCCGCCGUCCAUGAAAGCAGGGUGUCGCUCUGCAGCUCCUGCUGUGGAGAACAGGCCGAGCAUUUGGAGUGAGAGUCCCCCAAAGUUCAUCAACAAACCGAGCCGAGUGUUUGCCGAGCCGGGACAGAGCGCCAAGUUCUCCGCCAAAACCACAGGACGCCCACAGCCCAGGGUCACCUGGCACAAGGGGGAGGCGGAGCUUCAGUCUGGUGGGCGGGUCAGCAUGUACGAGCGCUCAGGCCUUCACUUCCUGGAGAUAAAGGAUGUGAUUGUCCAGGAUGCAGGAAGUUACAAGUGUUUGAUCAGCAACGGUUCCGGAACAGCGACUGCCUGUGCCGAGCUUACCGUCCAAGGUGCUCCUGACGACUCGUCCAGGUGAGUGCUGUCAUGUCUGGAUGUGUUAACAGUAAGAAUCCCUCAGAGCUGUUUCCUGUCUGAAGCUCUGGUGGACGGACAGCAGCGUCCCUCUCAGAGCUUCGUCAGCUCCUGGGAAACGUGGCUCCUCUUUCCUUUGCUGCUGCUAAAGUUUUCCAGCUGAGUUUGAGAUCUUUUGGCUUCACGAGCUGGAAACUUGUUCUGGAAAACUGCUUGAGUGUUCACAGCAGCAGGUUAGAGGCAGCUGAAGGAAGCAGAGGAGAUUCCUCAUCAAUCUGAACUCCUGUGGGGACGCUAACCGGCAGGUUUCACCUUUCAGAACCUGCUGCAAAUAAUCCGUCUGAGGUUUCUUACUGUCUGACCGAAAAGAGACGUCAUAAAAAUAAAUCCACCAGUAAAUCAAAUAUUUCCAGACUGCAAAGAA